AUGAUUGUCAAAUCAUCCCUCCUACUGCUAGGCGCAGCUCUGGCCUUCGCCGACCAAGCUCCCAUCGGCGGCAGUUCAGAAUGCCUGAAAACCAGUAAUCCUAACGAGUGCUGCCUCAAUGGAGCGCCCUCUGACAAGGUGAAAAUUGACGACCGCACGUUCAAUAUUACUUGCGAAUCGAGGUAUAUCACACUCGACAUCUACAGCAAACCCCUCACGGCCAAGAAUGCCCUCGACUGUGCGACACACUGUGCAAAAGACGUGUCCUGUAAGGCAUCAUCCUUCAACACACGCGCCAACCCAAACCGUGGCAACUGCUUCUUCACCUUGGAAGACAACAUGGACCAAGCGCCCGAUAGAAAAUGGAUUAGCUUCACCGAAAUAUCAACAUCCUGUUUGGAGUCCGAUGACCGCAGCGCAUGCUGCCGUGAUCCAACACAGCAAGAAGGCGAGGUCUCGAUUGAUAAUGCCCAAUGGAAAUGGACCUGCGGGACCAUCCUGAACCUGAACCCGGCCGGAAUAGAGGCGGCCAACGCUCUCGAUUGUGCCUCGCGCUGCGCGUCCGAUGGCUGUGAGGCAAUUUCCUUCCGAAUUCUAGACGAGAACAAAAGGGGCAACUGCUUCUUCGUCGCAGACAACAACGAUAAGGUUCAGCGGACCGCGCACAAGUUCAUGUCACUCGUUAAAGUCGAGAAGGAUGACAACGACGAUCACAUAAUCCCUGAGCCAGAACCGGAGUGCGAAAAGUGCACCAAAGAGAAGGACCAGUGCAUUCACAAUAACGAAGUCUGCAAGGAUAACCUGGAGCAAGCUCAGCAUGAUCUCAACAUGUGCGAAAGCAACCAGCUGGACCCAGAAAAAUUGAAGCAAUGCGAAGUCGACAAGCUAGAAUCCGAAAAAGCCGCAGAGGACUGCCGGCGUGACUCUGCUGAAAUUGAAGAGAAGAGGAAACAGUGCCGCGAGGAUGAGCGUGCGUGUGAAAAAGAGAAGGCCGAGCUCAACAGUCAGAAGCACCAGUGCGAGAACGACAAGAGCCGCUUGAACCAGGAUUUCAAAGACAAAGAAGACGAGAUCACCGAACUCAAGUCGCAGAUCAAAUCUCUCAACGACAAGCUAAACGCUUGCAAUACAUCAACCCCUGGCGGAAAGUGCCGUACGAACCUUGUCGAAGCCGAGCCUAGCGACGAUCAAUGCAUCAUCAGCGCGGGAAAUGAGAAAUUCAAGAUCUACUAUGCUAAACUUGAUGACGGCCCCGGAGUAAAGAACUUCCGUACUCCCAGAGCAGACUCUUUCAAAGACUGCGCCGAGCAGUGCGCGAAGGACAAGAAGUGUGUGCGAUUCAUGUGGAACACAAACGGCAAAGACAAGACCUGUUACAUGCGAGAUACCGGAAAGGGUAUGGUCCCCACCCAGCAGUCGAAUUGGAGUUCUGGGCAGCUUCUUUAA